CCCCCCUCGCGGCGCCGAGACUGGGGCGUAGCGUGAGCCAAUGCGUCUGGGGCAGGUGCCGAGCUGCGUGGCCCAUUGGCCGGCCGACGUCGGGACGCGGCGUUAUGGCGGCGGCGGCGGAGACCGGCCCGCGGCGCGUGGGCUUCGUGGGCGCUGGCCGCAUGGCGGAGGCGAUCGCUCAAGGCCUCAUCCGAGCAGGAAAAGUGGAAGCCCAGUACGUGCUGGCCAGCGCACCCACUGACAGGAACCUCUGCCACUUCCGGGCCCUGGGCUGCCGGACCACCCACUCCAACCACGAGGUGCUGCAGAGCUGCUCCCUCGUCAUCUUCGCCACCAAGCCCCACGUCCUGCCCGCCGUCCUGGCGGAGGUGGCGCCUGUGGUCACCACAGAGCACAUCCUGGUAUCCGUGGCUGCCGGCGUCCCCCUGAGCACCAUGGAGGAGCUGCUGCCUCCCGGCGCUCGAGUGCUGCGGGUCUCCCCGAACCUGCCCUGCGUGGUCCAGGAGGGGGCCAUGGUGCUGGCGCGGGGCCGCCACGCCGGGAACAGCGAGGCCGAGCUCCUGCAGACCCUGCUGGAGGCCUGCGGGCAGUGCGAGGAGGUGCCCGAGGCCCAGGUGGACACCCACACCGGCCUCAGCGGCAGCGGCGUGGCCUUUGUAUGUGCCUUCUCGGAGGCCUUGGCCGAAGGCGCCAUCAAGAUGGGCAUGCCCAGUGGCCUGGCAUACCGCAUUGCUGCCCAGACCCUGCUGGGGACAGCCAAGAUGCUUCUGCAGAAGGGGCAGCACCCGGCUCAGCUGCGGACCGACGUGUGCACGCCGGGCGGUACCACCAUCUACGGGCUGCACGCGCUGGAGCAGGGCGGGCUGCGGGCGGCUGCCAUGAGCGCGGUGGAGGCCGCCACGCGCCGGGCCAAGGAGAUGAGGAAGUAAGGUGCCAGCGCCGGACCCAGGCCCCAGCCCCUCCCUUUCUCCCUCCCUGGCCCCUCCCGUGGACUCUCCAGCCUGCGGGCUGCUGGAGGCACUGCUUGAGGUCUGGGGCAAUAGAGGGGACGGGUCCUGACCACACGACUGGGUGUGGACCCCUUCCCAGACCCCAGGCUCCAGGGGAGUGGCAGGUAGAGCUGGGUCAAGAGUCCUGCAGGGUCCCAGGGCCUCUGACUGCAGGAUUUGGUUCUUUGGUGUGUCCGCGAAGGGACCCCCAGGCCGGGAGAGCCACGAGCUUGGGGCCUGAGCAAGGGCAUGGCGCCUUUGGGGAGGCGGGGUUGUACUGCCCCCAACAUUCACAGGGGUCCCCACCAUGCCGCGCUGGUGCCCCUGCCUUCCACCCACCAGGUGGAGAGGCUGAGGCCCCCUUCUCUGCUGUACCCGCCAGCUGGGAGGCUGGAGGCAGGGCCAUCUGGAUUUGCAUCUGUAAAGCAGCGCCCUGCACACAGCCUCCCACCCACUCCCCGCACUCGAGGCCCCGCCUGCCCUCCCUGGUGGUCUGUCCUCUACCCCGCCGCCUGGCCUCCACCGGCCAGCUGGCCCUCAGCCAGCCACAGCUUGUCCGACCCUGGUCCUUCCACUGUUAGAAGGAUCGGUCCGAGUCCAUUCCUGCACUUGCUGCCUUUACUUUUGAAACGCGAAUAAAGACAUUGUCCUUUUGUCAUGGA